AUGCCAUCAAUUAAAUUUAGAACUACAGCCAGUGAAGCCAGCAAUAGUACGAAUAGUCAUGACGCUCCUCCUUCCCGUCGACGCCUUGGUGGGCUUGCAGACUUGUAUCUGCGAAAAAGGCUUACCCGUGAUUCGCAUCCUGCUCUGAAAGCAGUAAGAGAUGACGGAGAGGCGACCAGCGAUAUGUUGCUGGUUCCCACGGCUCCAGGAACAACCUCAGACAUAUCGCUCGUUCAACAACAAAGCCAAAAUGGGAUAAAUGAGCAGAUUGAAUCGGAUGAUGAGGGUGAUGCGCUGCAAGAUCUGUACAUAGAUGUUGAAGCAGAAAAUAAACGCUUCAAAACGGCAUUGGAAGAGUACGAAAGUACAACUGCCGGGUCGAAAUUCCAGACCGACGUCACAACAAAAUCGGUACACACGUGGGAGGAAGUUCUGCAGGCGAUUAAAAAUGCAUCAGAUGAAUACAACGACGUAUCUGGAUUUUGGGGGGGGAUAAGAAAAGGGCUCCGUAGCUUCGGAAAAAACCACAAAGCCUUUAGGGCUUGGGCGAGUAUUCUGCCGUCACAAUCGCAUUACUUUUCUCUGCUUUGCGCAGGUUUCAAACUCAUAUUAGGGGCCGCGGCACGUAUGCACGAUCUUCGAACCGACAUCAGCGACGCCUUAACGGAGAUUCCACUCCUCAUGUCGAGCACACAUAAAGCCUUAGGUAUCUUCCGAAGGUCGAAUGACCUGCGUCGAUCCAGCGCGGCUCUCUAUACCGCUACAAUAGCCGCCGUACACCACAUCGUUGUGUGGUAUAAGGAAAAAGCAUCGAGCAGGAAUUCAGCGUCCGCUCAUUUAGCUGACCUUUAUUUAGUCAGAGGGCCAAUGCUUCCGUUGCGCAGGGCAGUGUCGGAAGCCAAUCUAGUGCAAGAUUACCUUGAUGCGAAAAAUGAACUGCUAUCGGACUUUGACUAUGAAAGCUCCGUUGUGCGCAAUGACAUUGAUGCAAGUCUUGAAGCCAUCUGGGCGUUGCCACGAUGCGAUCAAGAUCGUGCAGUUGCAGUCAUGCAAUCACCGAAGCUGCAUUCCUGGAUAACCGAGUCCAGUUCUUCGGCUCUCCUGGUCAAUUUUAAUGACCCCAAGAAGGCUGCGUCGACGUCUUUCAUUUCCGCAAAAUUAACGCAUUCGAUCCAGUCAGAUGUCAUAGAUCCGCAUUAUCCCAGAAAUAUCUUUGCCUUAUUUUUUCUUUGUGCAGAGCACAUACGCCCAGACGACCCCGACUAUGGGGUCAGCGGAAUGAUGCGAAACCUGAUCGGUCAACUCCUCAUUGCCUACCCCGAUUUUGGAAUGAGCGUCAUCAAGCAAAUCCAACGAACAGGUCAAGAUGACAUCCGCAGCCUCUGUCAGAUUUUCCAUAUGAUGAUCGCUCAACUGCCACCGCAUGUAACGGUUUUUUGCGUCCUUGACGCGAUUACCGUAUAUGAACAGAACGGCUUGCUUCAGGAAGAAGGAGAAUAUGCAGUCCAAGAACUCAUGUCCAUGGUGCAAUGGACCAAAGACCAUGGUUGUGAUUUCAAGAUUUUGUUGACGAGUGCAUGGAAUAGCCAUGUCUUUUAUAAGUAUGUACCAGAUCGGCAGAAAGACAUCAUUUGGAUACCAGCGAAGGUGCCCCCGCAGGGUGGCUUUACAAGAAUGAAAUGGGAUUCUAGUGUUGCAUCGGGUGUUGGAAUGUUGGCAGCCCCACGUCGCUGA